AUGGCACCUUUUCGAGGCCGAGGAGGCUCUAGAGGUAGUGGAGCACCCAGAGGUAGAGGACGCGGUCGUGGAGGUCGUGGCAGAGGGGGGAGGAGAGAUACGUUCACCAAAGCUAGGAUUGAAGAUCCGGUCGAAGAUGGUUCCGAUUCAGAUGGUGGAGUUCCAGACAUACCUUCUAGUGAAGAGGAGGAGUCUUCAGAAGAAGAAGAGGAAAUUCAUACCACCGUAAAACCUUACAGCGCCCUUCUCCAAUCUUUCCAGGACUCGACCACAAAAGAGAAACAUCGGAAUAAGAGAAGGAAACUUGGGGAUGAAUCGCACCAGGAGGAAGAUAUCCGAGAUGUCUCAGAAGAAGUCGAAUCUGAUUCCGAGGCUGGCGAGGAGGAGCAAGAGGUGGUGGAAGCCAUAAUAGAGGAUGACUCGGAUGAAGACGAUGAGGAUCCAUUCGAGGCACAUUUCGCGAACCCAGACGAAAAUGAAUUGUCGCUACGAUUGAAGGCUAUCAACGAGAAUCAAUGGGCCACCCGAAAGGCAGCAGCAGCAGAUUCUGCAAAAUGCUUGAUUUCGACGCCAGGGACAGGAGAAGUCCCAUCCAAACAUAGAAUCAAGUCACCGAAGGAUCUCAAACUAAAGCAGAAGCUUCAAUCACCAGCCCUGGAAGUUCUCUCGGACUUCAACGCCCUCGAACGGGAUCUUGUGCCCUACAUAUUUGACUACCAGGACCUCUUAUUUGGAGCCAGGACUGCUCGCAAUGCUACCCGCCUCCGUCAAAUCGCCUGCCUACAUGCGUUAAACCAUAUUUUCAAGACACGAGAUCGAGUUGUAAAGAACAAUGCCCGCCUGGUCAAGGACGAGGAACUGGAAUGUCGGGAUCAAGGUUUCACUCGCCCAAAAGUCCUUAUACUCCUAGAAACCAGGCAAGCAUGCGUUAGAUAUGUCGAGACCAUCAUAUCCUUGUGCGAAAUUGAACAGCAAGAGAACAAGAAGCGUUUUGUGGACGAAUAUUCUCAAACCGAAGAGAAGUUCUCCGACGACAAGCCUGAGGACUUCCGGGAGCUAUUCGAGGGCAAUGAUGAUAACGAGUUCCGCAUCGGAAUGAAAUUCACUCGGAAGACUGCGAAGUUCUUCUCGAAGUUCUACAACUCCGAUAUCAUAUUUGCUAGUCCACUCGGCCUGCGAAGGGCCAUUGAGAAUGGAGGGCCAAAGCAGAAAGACUCCGACUUCCUUAGUUCUAUUGAGGUUGUCAUCGUAGAUCAAGCGGAUGCUAUGCUCAUGCAGAACUGGGAGCAUGUGGAGUACGUCUUCGACGAGCUCAACCUGCGACCGAAAGACCUUCACGGAUGUGAUAUCAGCCGAGUCCGGAAAUGGUACCUCGACGAAGGAACAGCAGCACAUAUACGUCAAACGAUAGUCCUAUCUGCUUAUCUGACUCCAGAACUCAACAACUUAUUCUCCAAACACAUGCAAAAUGUCACCGGAAGAAUAAAAUACAGCCCUAGCUAUGAUGGGGCAAUCACUCAGAUUGGGCUCCAAAUCAAACAAACCUUCUCGCGAUACGACUCUCCAUCCGCCCCCAACGACCCAGAUGCACGGUUCAAAUACUUUACCAGUACCAUCGUGCCCGCUUUGUCUAAAUACCCCAAGCCCCCAGACGGCGGACAGGGAAUAGUCAUCUUCAUCCCCUCAUAUCUAGACUUCGUCCGCAUCCGGAACUACUUCGCCAACUCGACAGCCACGCAGAAUAUCUCAUUUGGCGCCAUAUCUGAGUACGUCAACGUCCCCGACGUUCGCCGCGCGCGAUCGCAUUUCCUGACCGGCCGACACUCUGUGCUGCUAUAUACGGGUCGUGCGCAUCACUUCCGGCGGUAUCAGAUCAGGGGUGUGAAGCGAGUGAUCAUGUACGCGUUGCCGGAAAACCCAAUAUUCUACCAGGAACUCGUUAGCGGGUAUCUGGGUACGUCUAUAUCGGAAGGGAAACUCGAUGCUUCUGAGGCUGCUGUUCGAGUGAUAUUUUCGAAGUGGGACGGAUUCAGACUUGAGAGGGUGGUUGGGUCGAAACGGGUGGCGGGAAUGCUGAAGGAUACGAAUGGGGAUACUUUUGAUUUCAUUUGAGGCCUGUAGGUACGACUUCCACUAAUUUUGAAAUCGGCUUGAUGAGGAUGUGUAGUGUAGUCAAGGUUGCUUAGUCUUAGCAACGUAGGUCUGACUACGUAUGAAGCGCUCGGAUUUCGAGUGAAGUUUAUGUACUAUGGAGCAGGAAACUCUGAAUCGGACUUUAGAAUCGGGUCAAAUUUGACAUCGUUGAGAUGUACUAAUGGGAGCCAGUCCGUGUGAUCUGGAGUGGAUUUGGGCAUAUUAUUGACAAGACUUCUAAAUCAGAGCUGGGAAUUUGGUUACUUUUGACGUCGUCAAAAGGCAUGAACGGGAGCCUGUCCGUGCGAUUGGAACUCGAUUGUGGCAUAUUAUUGACAAGCCUCAUGUAUCAGGUCAUAAAUC